AAUAGGUAGCCUCCACGAGGACGCAUCGGAUUUAUGGGCUGUAUUUAAAGCAUGAAUGUAAAGUUGCACGGGACACUCGUUUGUAUGUAAUUGUUGCGUUGCUGCUAACUUUGUUUUCUAGUGUCAAACUAAGGCCCUGCGCUGCAACUGAAGAUGAAGGUCCCUCUGCUGCUGAUUUUGACUGUUUGGUUAAACACUCAGCACGGCGGUUCCGCUCUCUCUACAUGCUCCCAUCCUCCAUCACAGUGGUGCUCAUCUCUGGACUCCGCUAUCCAGUGCGGGGUUUUAAAGCAAUGCCUUGAGGCUAACUUCACCAGGUCCCAUCAGAACGUAGAUCCAAUCCAGGUGGGGCUUUACUAUGAGAGUCUGUGUCCUGGCUGCAGACUUUUUCUUAGUAACAUCCUCUUCCCCACCUGGGUCUUGCUGAAUGACAUCAUGUCUGUUACUCUGGUGCCAUACGGCAAUGCACAGGAAAAACCUGUUAACCAGACGUAUAGUUAUGAGUGCCAGCAUGGAGAACAGGAAUGUCUGGGCAACAUGAUUGAGACUUGUUUACUGAACAUGACCAAAAUGGCUUUCCCGAUCAUCUUCUGUAUGGAAUCCUCCGGUGAUGUCAUCAAGGCAGCCGAGCCUUGCGUGGAACUCUACGGCAGCUCUGAGUUGACCUGGGAUAACAUCAUGAGCUGUGUGAAGGGGGACCAGGGAAAGCAGCUGAUGCAUCAGAAUGCCUUGAAGACCAACGCCCUGAACCCUCCACACCAAUAUGUGCCGUGGGUGACCAUUAAUGGGGAGCACACAGAAGACCUGCAGGACAAGGCCAUGUCUUCUCUCUUCACUCUGGUCUGCAGUAUGUACAAGGGCCCCAAGCCUGCGGCCUGUGGAGGGGCCCAGAGACACUACAGAAGCUACUGCCACAAUGAGUAAAGGAGCAGCACUGCACAUGCCUGUAUUCAUGCUCUGCUCCAGGUCUGGCCACAAAAUAAGGAACACUGAGGAAUGUCAUCCAAAAAUGUUUUUAUGUGAUUUUACCAUCUGUUUCUAUAAAGGGAAAACUGGA